CACCAAGCAACCUACAUCAGUCCAACCAACAUCCAACAUGGUAAGCACUCUCAGCACAAUCGCCUUCGUCCUCGGCGCCCUCACAGCCGGCGGCGGCAUCACCGGCUACGUCCGCACGGGCUCCAUUCCCUCCGUCACCGCAGGCUGCACCGUGGGCGCGUUCUACCUGCUGGGGGGAUACCGCAUCUCCAACCGCCAGUCAUACGGCGUGGAAUUGGCACUGUUGGCGAGCGUGAUCCUGGCCGGCAGCAGUUUCCCGAGAGCCAUGAAGAGUGGCUUCAAGCCGUUGCCGACGGGAUUGAGUGUUUUGGCUGCGGUGGGAUUGGUGCAAUUUGGGAUGGCGUUUGUGAAUAAGAACAAGUAAAAGAUGGUUGUAUGAUGGGGAUGAAGGGGCGGAGGAUGGGAAAGGUCAGGACAUGUAGUGUGAAACAGACACUGGUCAAAGGUGGAAUACGCCUUGCCGGAAAGUUACUUGCGAGCUUUCAUCAAUCAUGUCACAACGAGUAG